GAAAAUGCAAACUUUGUCCCUUACGACUUUCCGUUGAACGGCGCUGUCAUGGCUUCUACCUUUAUGUCUCUACACAGAUGUUGCCAGCGGUCUGCUCUCCUCAUCGUCGCUCGGCGACAGUGGAGCUCCAGCUCUGUGUCGCCCCCUCCCCUGCACACGAGGCUCCUCUACCUCACCCAGCGUUUCUAUGACGUAGAGAUGCUCCUGAGCUGGGGGUCAAAGCUGAGGACAAAGGGGAUUCAGAAGAAGAAUGUUUACUAUGGCUACACUCAGAGGUAUUAUGGUUCAGACAUAGCAGCAGCAUAUUUCAUCUUGAGUCUGAGGGGCGGAUUUAGGUUUGUCGGUCAGUCCGAGUGGUUUCGUGCAGAUCAGGGGGGCAAGUUCAAUUGGGACUUCUUAGAACACAGAGACACACCUCUAGAGGAAGUAAGCAUGAACUACACAGACAUCAACUACAGAGGACUGGACAACCUCGAGGGGCAGAAAUCGCUGCGGACUCUGUCGUUACGAGGAUGUCCUGAAGUGGAUGACUGGUUCCUGGCCCGCCUUCAUAUGUUCCAAGACUCUCUGGAGGAGCUGGACAUCUCUCACUGCCCGCGCAUCACUGCAGGCGGCCUGGCUGCACUCAGGAAUCUCAAAGGGCUGCGGCGUCUGGAUGUGUCGUCUCUUCCCAGGAUUUCAAGUCCUGGGUUGGUCGUCAUCCUGCUUGAGGAGAUGCUACCACAGUGCCAGGUCACCGCCACCGGCUACGACUUCAGCCUGAGGCAGGAGGGCGGAGCGGAGAAAGAGGAGCACAUGGGGAAGGAAAUAAGUAGGGGUGAAAGGGACACUGAGGAAUCAAGGUACUAAGUUUAGGGAAACAAAGAGUCAUGGACACUUGGAGAGGAAGCAUCUAGCAGCAAAACAACAAUCAUGUUGUAUUUUCAGUAUCUGACCAGUUUAUUGAUCACUAGCAAAGUCCAGCGUAAAAAUUUUGAAUUUUGUCAUCUGACAUCUGCACAAGUCAGACACCAGUAUAAAGCAGGUAUACACUCAAAUUUGACUGGACACUGGCAACAUUCAAUGUGAAAAAGAAAAAAAUACAGCAAGUGUGAAACAAAAAGGUACAACUCAGGAUGUUUUGACAUUUGGGGUUUUCAUUUAAGCUAUGAUGAUAUACUGUAAGUGGUAUCACUUUCUGCUCGGGGUGUUUUCUUCCAGAAUCGGCUUACUGUCAAGAGUUCGCACAUUUUUUAUUUAACUUUGUGCAAAAUGAUCUUACUCAAGCAAACUACACUCUGAAUAUGUGGCAACGGUUUUAUCAUCUGAAAUGUAAAUAUUAUUGUAGAUGUACUGAAUAAAGAUUUUAUUGAUAAACA